CUCUUCCAUCACUCGCUUGCGUUUAUUAAAUGCACUCACCCACACACCAUUACUCAUUCUUCUCUUCUCUUCUCUGUUUCCGCUGACAAAUUUAACAUGUUCGAAAUGCCACUGAAGCUUUCAACUUGAACUCAACAAAAAAACAAAUCACAAUGCUCUUUCGUACGCAAGAUCCAGCGUUUCACUAGCUCAGUGUGAUAGUUUUUGAAACAACAGUGAGGCUUUUAGUGAAGGCUGAAUUCAAAGCAUUAUCAAAGUGUUGAGGCGACAGAGAGAAAAGGAUGUCGGUAAUGAGAAAAAGACUCGCUUGUUGCACAAAGGAAACCAAAAUCAGUGUUGAUUUUGAUGAGCCAAACAGGGUUAUGACAUUUAAUGGCCUUGAGAAUUGCAUUCCGGAUAAUCAAUCUUAUGGAGAUGAAAGCAGAACGAGUAGAGGAGAUGGAUGUAUAACUGAUUCAUUCAAUGAUGAUGACUCCAGCUGUUCAUCCAGUAAAGAUGGUUUUGGAUCAUUCUCUUCAAAGUGUUUGACCAUGAAAAGAGAUGAACGAGGAUUGGAAGAGUGGGAACUCUCAGAAAGUCCUCAACAUUUUUAUGUUAAAGAGAAGCCUGCUUAUGAACUCCCAUGUUCAGAAGUAGAAGCCAUGAGAGAAAAGUUUGCAAAGCUGUUGUUAGGUGGUGAUAUUACAGGAGGAGCUAAAGGCCUCAGUACAGCUUUAGCACUAUCUACUGCCAUCACAAACCUUGCAGUGACAGUUUUUGGUGAGUUGUGGAAAUUGGAACCUCUAUCUGAAGAGAGGAAGAGCAAAUGGAAACGAGAAAUGGGUUGGUUGUUGUCUCCUACCAACUAUAUGGUUGAGUUAGUUCCUGCUAAGCAAAAUGGUGCCAACGGUGGCAUCUUUGAGAUAAUGACCCCAAAAGCUCGUGCAGACAUCCAAAUGAAUCUUCCAGCACUUCAGAAGUUGGACUCAAUGCUUAUUGAAACACUAGACUCAAUGGUGCAUACUGAGUUUUGGUAUGCAGAGGAAGGAAGCAGGUCAGAAGGGAGGACCACAGGUGGAAGACAAAGCAAAAGAUGGUGGCUUCCAUCACCUCGAGUACCAAGAACUGGGCUUUCUGAUAUUGAAAGAAAGAGGUUGCUUCAUCAGGGAAGGGUAGUGCACCAAAUAUUCAAGGCUGCCAAAGCUAUCAAUGAUAACAUGUUGCUUGAAAUGCCCGUCCCGAUGAUAAUUAAAGAUGCACUUCUGAAGUCCGGAAAGACAAGCCUUGGAGAGGAACUACACAAGGUUCUGAUGGCUGGAUCGAGCUCUGAAGAAGAAAUGCUUAAAGCUCUCAAUUUGGAAUCUGAACAUACUGCCCUAGAGACAAUUAAUAGAUUGGAAGCUGUUAUAUUUUCAUGGAAAGAGAGAAUUAUACAAGAAAAUAGUGACAAAUCGCCAGUUCGAACCUCAUGGUCUUUCAUGAAGGACCCUAUGUCAGGUGUGGAUAAGAUGGAACUUUUGCUGGACCGAGCAGAAACACUUUUCAAUCUACUUAAAACCAGAUAUCCAAACCUUCCUCAAACGUUUCUGGAUGCUGCAAAAGUUCAAUAUGGCAAGGAUAUUGGGCAUGCCAUUUUGGAAGCAUACUCUAGAGUUCUUGGAAGUUUAGCCUUCAGCAUACUGUCUAGAAUAGGAGAUAUAUUGCAAGAGGAUGCUUUAAGCAAUCCCAAUUCACCUAUUUCUACAACAAGUUGCUCACCUGGGAUAAAUCCUCCUGAAGCUUGGGUGGUUGGUUCACGUAUCAGGCACUCAUUAAUUGAUAAGAUGAACGAGGCAGAUGCACAAAAUUGUGAUUCUAGUUGUGGUAGUAAUUCUGAUACAGGACUCUCAUCUACUGAGGCCAAAGCCAGCUCUGCAAGUGCCACCCCAAGCCGUGGUCGAUUGUGGUGCAUUGGUAGAGGCUUGUAAAAAUGUGUGGCUUUCAGUAGUUUUCUUCUGUAAAUGUAAAAUUAUUGGUAUUAACAUAUGAGCGGUAUGAAUAGAGAUGCAAAUGGAUAGGUUUGCCAUAUAAAUUUUGGGUGCUUUUCUUGCCUAGGAAUUUUGUAUCUUUUGCAAAAUUCCAGUGGUAGGUGGUGGUUGUACAUCAGAGUUUCUUGAUGGCCAGGCUAACAAUUGAAUAUUUCAAUUACUUUCAUUGCACUAUUGUUGCUG